AUGGUUGCCAGCAUUAUUAUCUACUCAGCCAUGACUUUCAGAGGAAAUGGUACUCCUAUUACGCAUAACAACACAGUAUACAUCCCAUCGUCUCUGAUGCCCGGGUACUGUGGACACAUUCCCACUACUAAAUUCCUGUAUGGGGAGACUUUUGGCAAUUCGUCCCUAAAGUACUUCCAAAACAUCCGAGCUGCAAUGAUGGCCUCUAGCAAAAGCUCUUACAAUAGUGUGCCUCUGAGCUCCCAUACCCAAGACAGUAUCUUACCCUACUGGGUCCGGAACAACAUUGAUUUCAAAAGGCAGAAGGAGAUCAAGGACUUCAACAUGUUGUCACAGAAGCACAGGGAAAAUUACAAAGAUAAGACUGGCACUGUGCAGCCUGUCAAUUACUUUGUCAUGCCAGAAAAAGAGAAAAAGGAGCUUGGAAGAUCCCUCCAGAGUGAAUUUAAUUAAAGACCAUGCCAUAUCAGAUGGAAGUAGCAGUCUGAUGAAGUCUAAUGGUGUCCAC